UCCAAAAUGGACAACCCCAGGGAUGCGCCAGGGAAAGAGAGCCGGUGGUUUGGGAUCACGCAACCAAAAUCGGCCAAGACCAACGUGAAUAUUCGUCACCAAGAGGAGCUAAUAGCGCAGAAAAAGAGAGAAAUCGAGGCGAGACUGGAGCAGCAAGCGAGGCAGAAUUCCCUGAGCAUCCAGCAGCUCCCUCUACUUGGAGAGUAUGACGGCUCUGAGGGUGAAGGCUGUGUUUCCAACAAGUUUGUGAACGAUGGCAGUUUCCUCCAGCAGUUUCUCAAGCUGCAGAAGGAAAAGUCAGCUCCUGAACCUCCCCCAAGUUCCACUAACCACUCAACAAAUGCUUCUGCACCACAUGUGGGGAAGAAACCUUUGCUGUUUGGGAAGAGGCCAGGUCAGGUCCUCAGCAGCAUGCUGCAGCAGGCCAAGAACUACUCCCACUCCAAACAGAGCCCUGUGGCUAACCGCCUCAGCGUCUUCCAGUCACCAGAUGAGGAUGAGGAGGAGGAUUAUGAGCAGUGGUUGGAAAUCAAAGUUUUACCCCCAGAGGACCUGGAGACCCGACAGGUGGUGGAAAAGCUGGCCAGGUUCGUGGCUGAAGGGGGCCCAGCCCUAGAGAAGCUUGCAAUGGAGGACUACAAGGAUAACCCAGCUUUUGCGUUUUUGCAUGAUAAGAACAGCAGAGAAUUCCUUUACUACAGAAAGAAAGUGGCAGAGAUAAGAAAGGAGAACCAAAGUUCUCAGACAUCCUCAUCUCAGAAAGUUUCACCCCCAGACGACGAAGAGACCAAGACCUCUGCGGAGGCCCUGGCCAGGUUCAUCGCCGACGGGGGGCCCCAGGUGGAAGCUAUUGCCCUGCAGAAUGCCAGAGAGAACCCAGCUUUCAGGUUUUUGCACGAACCCCACAGCAAAGGCUACAAAUACUACAGGCAGAAGCUGGAGGAGUUCCGGAAGGCCAAGAGCAGCUCAGUGUGUGCCCCCCUGGCUGGGGAGCCCAGCCUGAAAAGGAAGAGCAGCCCUGAGGCAUCCCCAUCACCUCUCUGCCCCUCUUUGCCUCUGCCUCUUCCCUCCCCUGCAGCUCAAACAGCUGCAGCCACAGCAGCCACAGGAGCCACAGCCACUGCUGCAGGCACCACGAAAAAGAAGAGGAAGAGCAGGUGGGGGCCAGAGGAGGACAAAGUGGAGCUGCCCCUCCCUCAGCUUGUCCAGCAGCUGGAUUCUCCCUCCCCUCUUUCAGUUCAGGACCUCAAGGGUCUUGGUUAUGAAAAAGGGAAGCCAGUUGGGCUGGUGGGGGUGACAGAGCUCUCUGAUGCCCAGAAGAAACAGCUGAAGGAGCAGCAGGAGAUGCAGCAGAUGUAUGACAUGAUCAUGAAGCACAAGAGGGCCAUGCAGGAGAUGCAGAUGAUGUGGGAGAAGGCCAUCCAGCAGCACCAGCACGGCUACGACAGCGACGAGGAGGUGGACAGCGAGCUGGGCACCUGGGAGCACCAACUGCGCCGCAUGGAGAUGGACAAGACCCGAGAGUGGGCUGAGCAGCUGACUCAGAUGGGCAGAGGGAAGCACUUCAUUGGAGACUUCCUUCCACCUGAUGAGCUGGAGAAGUUCAUGGAGACAUUCAAGGCACUGAAGGAAGGACGGGAGCCAGACUAUUCUGAGUACAAGGAGUUCAAACUGACUGUGGAGAACAUUGGCUACCAAAUGCUGAUGAAGAUGGGCUGGAAGGAAGGUGAUGGCCUUGGCUCAGAUGGGCAGGGGAUUAAGAACCCAGUCAGCAAAGGGACCACGUCUGUGGAUGGAGCUGGCUUUGGCAUCGACCGCCCCGCGGAGCUGACCAAGGAGGAUGAUGAGUACGAAGCCUUCCGCAAGCGCAUGAUGCUGGCCUACCGCUUCCGCCCCAACCCCCUGAACAACCCAAGGAGACCUUACUACUGAGGCUGCUUUGGAGGGGGGAAGAAAAAAAACACAACAAAGAAGUCUUUUUCAAUCCAGUUGUUGUUUUGCUGUGAGAUGUUCCCAAGCUCCAUCACCAUUCUCUUUCUUUGCUCAUCUUGUGACAACCUUCUGGAAGCCACAAGACCACCUCCCACCCAGGAGAGAGGCCAGCAAGAAGCCCUCACAUCACAACACACUCCAGGGUCACCACAAACAUGGCCUGGCAAAGCCUGGGUGAUGCUCAGAGAGGAGAAGGGAGAUCUUGACAUGGUGCUAGUGGAAAGGAAGCACCAAAGAUACCACUGGGGACACUUCAGGGACCUCAUUUGGCCUUAGCUCAGUGCCAUCU